AUGGUGAGAGAACUAGACUUGAUCGAACAAUUCAGAGAUAUGAGCUUAGUAUGUGAGGUGACUUCUAAUAGUGUGAGACUGGGAAUGCUGAAGCUUAGUAGUGGUUUCCUCGAUGAUAUCAUAAAAGGUCAUAAACUGGAUAUAAACUUGGUUGAUCGACUAUCUUCCUUUGGUCAGGAGGAAGAUGAGGAUUUUAGAGUUGACGAGAAUGAUGUGUUAAAGUUUCAGAAUAAACUAUGUGUGCCUGAUGUGCCAGAACUAAAGCGUAUGAUUCUUGAGGAAAGUCAUAGAAGUAACUUGAGUAUUCAUCCUAGAGCUACUAAGAUGUACCAAGAUCUGAAGAAGAUGUUUUGGUGGUCGGGUAUGAAGCGAGAGAUUUCUUAG